CAUUGUAUCGACAAAAAUUCAACAUUAUCGUCUUGUUUGGCUGUAAAUCAAAAUAAAGUACUUUAUUUGUCUAAUUACGAUAAUGGAAACGGCAACCUCGUCAGAUUCCCUUCUGUGCGAUUGCAAAUUUUUGAUCAAGAAUGCCGAAGUAGAACAAGAUGAAUCCGGUCCAGCCUCGAUUCAAAGUCGGUAAACCGCACUACAAGUUACUUUGGCGAAGUUUAGCUUGUAAAAAUCAAGAUUGGGCGUUAUGCAUCGUCGUCUUUUGACUUUGAGAAGAAAGGACAAUGUGUUCAUCGCCGUCUAAUUGCGACAAUUCAUCAAACCCCUUUCAGUUCGGUCGUACAGUUUUGACAAAGAAUUGGGAAGUGGCAGAUGAUCGUUACCCUACCGUCUCCCGUCAAAGUCAGGAGAAACGUCACUACAAGCUAUUUAUCUUAUUUUAUCUUUUUUAAGAAAACAACAACUUUGGGCGUUAUUGGUUGUCUUCCUUUGGCUGUAAGGAACAAUAGCAAGGUAUUUGUCUAAUUACAUAACGCGACCUUUGUGAUGACACCUCGUCUCGUCUGACUCCUUUCAGUUUUAGAAUGCGGAAGUGGAGCGAGAUGGUCCCCUCCCGUCUCCUGUCAGUCAGUAAACCUCCUAAACAAAAAAACAAAUAAUCGUAUGCUUUGUUUUUGUCUUCUUUGAGCUUUAUAGUUUAAUAGGGUAACUGAAACGCAAUCAAGACCAGUAAAUAGGUGUUAAACUGAAAAUGAAUAAAGUCCUUGUCAUUUGUUGGUUCUAUUGUGGUUUAAGGCUGUUACUUCAACACUGCCACCUAUUGAGUAUUUUGUAAACGUGCAGGUAUCAGUUGACAACCUAUUAAUAACUGGUUAUGAGUUUGAAUUUGGCUACACUGUACCCUGCCGAAGAAAUGACGUGUGCAACUGAGCGUGAACAGAACAAAUGCGCCUUUAAUGAGGGUUAAAGUCUGUUUGAGCCGCCAGUCGAAGGAAGCGUCAUGUCCAAGGACACGUUUCCCUUCACAUCCACGUCGCUGCGCUCCCUGAGGCUGGAGCAGGAGUUGCAGGACUGGGAGGACGCGCGGCAGGCCCUGGCCCAGAGGCGAGCUCUGACCCGGGCACCGCUGCCGAGGGCCCCCCGCAGACAGCCCCCUGGGCCGCAGCGCCUCCAAGAGGUGCGGGCUGCCCCGCCUCAGGUCCGCUGCCGGGACGCCGCCGUCCACAAUACGUUCAUGUGCGGAGACAUGAAGGGGGUGUAUGCCGUCCUUAGGGACCCCGCCAUGGUCAACGCCCUGAUGGAGAUGGUGCAUGAGGAGAUGGUGUGGGCCCCGCAGAUGGGCAUGUGGACCAUGAGUUCCAGGGUGAAGCAGACGUCCGCCUUGCGCCUAGCGUCUGGCCGCGGUCACGCGGCGUGCGUGGAGGAGCUCCUGUUUCGCGGGGCCGAGGUAAACGCGGACCCGGGAGGCGGCACGGCACUUCACGACGCCUGUGCAGGAGGACACGCCGCCUGCGUCAAACUGCUGCUCGCCCACGGCGCAGACGUGCAACUGCUGGCGGCCGACGGAAGCGCUCCUCUUCACCUGUGCACCUCGCCACUCUCAUUACAGUGUGCCGAGCUGCUUCUGGACGGCGGCGCCGACGUGAACAUGAGGACGGCUGAGUCGAGGCUCACCCCGCUGCACGUGGCCGCCCUGUGGGGCCUGGACAGCCACGUGGAGCUGCUGCUCUCCCUCGGCGCCGACGUGCUGGCCACCAACCGAGAGGGCGAAACGGCCCUGAACGCCACCUGCGCCAGGGCAGACAGGCCUUCGGAGGCGGGCCGCUACCUGGGCGUGAUCCGCAGGCUGCUGGAUGCGGGCGCCGACCCGCGCACGGCAGGCAAGAAGAGACACACGCCGCUGCACAACGCUUGCGCCAACUGUUGCCCGGCCAUCGUGGAGCUACUGCUGCAGUAUGGAGCACAGGUGGAUGUCAGCAACUGCGCGGGGUACACGCCCAUGGAAUGCGUGCUGCAGGUGGUGGAGGACUACUUAGACCAGCAACCUGAAGCAGUGGUACGGACCCUCCUGAACCACGGAGCCAAACCUGUCUCACCAAAGAUGUUGAGGCAGUGCAUCCUCUCUCCCGCCACGUUGGAGGUGCUUCUUAAUUCAUACCCGCACGUCCCACCAAGCGACUGGAUGGACGACUGCCCUCUCACGCAGGAACACAGGGGCUUCUUCGAACUGGUGCGCGAGAGGAGCGGUCAACCUCGCUCGCUGCAGCAUCUGUGUCGCUGCGCUUUGCGUCGUCGCCUGGGGGUGCUAUGCCACUCGCAAGUGAGUCGACUGGACGUCCCCAGCUCGGUCAGGGAUUACCUGCUGCUGCGGAAUGAUGGGACCCUACACUGAAUUUGGAUUUUGCUUUAUGCAUUACUGAAGUCAAGGUCCUUCUGCAUGAAAUUAUCUCUCUAUCUAUCUAUCUAUCAGUUCAGAGUCUUUAGAGAAGUGUACGGAUCGCGAACGAUAAGUUCAGCGAACCAUCAGAAUCAGAAUCAACUUUAUUUGCCAACUAUGUCCAGAAAACACACAAGGAAUUUGUCUCCGGUAGUUGGAGCCGCUCUAGUACGACAACAGACAGUCAAUUGACGAUAAAUUCAACGAAUCACUCUUCAGUUCCUCAGUACACCAAUUCACUGAACGAAUCACUCAGUUCACUUAAGUCCCUCCCCCGCCUGCACGGCGCUGCCUGAACGCUGGCUGCUCAUUGGUCAUUCGCCGAAGUGAGUGACAACGCUCGCGAAUCGCACAUCACAUAAAAAUUAAGUCCCGCCCCCAACUGCACGCUGGCUGCGCAUUGGUCAUUCGCCGAAGAUAUAGAAGUGAGUGACAGAACGCUUCAACAGAUCCGUUUCCGCUCCCAGGCGACUCGCUCGCCUCACGGCGGCCAAGCUAAAGCAACGAAUCAUUUCAUAUAUUGAUUCAGUUCAGUU